GUUACAAAAACCUUUCUCAAAGACAGAGGAGAUUUUUCUCUGGGAAAUUGCAAACAAGAACAGGCCCUGCAGGAUAAGACUCACCACCAUGCUAGCCUCAGUUGUGUUUUGGGGACUUGUUGCCCUCAUUGGCACUUCCAGGGGCUCACACCCUUUCACUCACUCCACGAACCCUCACCUGCAUCCUCACUUGUACCAUGGUUGCUAUGGAGACAUCAUGACCAUGGAGACCUCUGGGGCCCCCUGUGAUAUAAGCAAUUUGAUGAACUGUGGGGUCCAUGGUUCAGAAAUGUUUGCGGAGAUGGAUUUGCGGGCCAUAAAGCCUUACCGCAUCCUCAUCAAAGAAGUGGGGCAGAGACACUGCAUCGACCCCUCUAUCAUUGCAGCCAUCAUUUCCAGAGAAAGCCACGGUGGAGCUGUCCUGCAAGACGGCUGGGACCACAGGGGACAGAAAUUUGGCUUGAUGCAGCUUGACAAACAAAUUUACCAUCCUAUUGGUUCCUGGGACAGCAAAGACCACCUUCUGCAGUCUGUUGGAAUUUUAGCAGACAGAAUUAAGGCAAUCCAGAGAAAAUUUCCUACAUGGAAUGAUGCUCAACACCUCAAAGGUGGUCUGACUGCCUUUAAGUCAGGAAUGGAAACCGUUGUCACUCCUGAAGACAUAGAAACUGACUUUAUCAAUGAUCUUAUUGCCCGAGCUAAGUUCUACAAAAGACAUGGCUUCUAG